AUGCCGUCAGCAGCGGCGAGGCGGAUCUACGAGGAUCAAAUCCCCUCCUUCAUGUCAGUCUUCGACCUAGACGCAGAGACCAUCGCCGCCCAGGAAACUGUCACUCUCGUCGACCCCAAGUUGAUGGAGAUGGAGGCUACCGGAAAGCCCUUGGGCAACCCGAUCCAGCACCUGCGGCCCACGAUGCCGUCAGAUCCCACCCACAAGCACCACGACAGCACCUCCACACAGGCCUCCGAGUCUGCAGAGUCCUCGCCCACGACGACGCUCUCGACAAGCGACUGCUCCCCGCUGUCGGAUCCGUCCCCCUCGUCUUCCCCGGACUCUCCCGUCAAUCUGAUACCCCUCAACUCUUUCCCGGCCACGUCCUUUGGCGGUCUUUCGCCCAUGUCUUCGAUGAACACUCUUACUGCGGCAGAAACCACGAGCUUCGGCCGACCCAUGACCUCUCCCUCGCCGCGCCGUCCCAAGAACAUGAAGGGCCUGUCAAUCCAGCCGCCCUUUGUGAGCAACACAGCCACGACGCUCGUCUCCGAGCCGGCGUCGCCCUCAUUUAUCAAGCCUACCAUCCCAGCAAUGAAGCGCAAGCCCAGCCAGCUGAGCCUCAACACCAAGACAUCAGAUCUCGUCAUGCGGAACACCCUGGAGGUUCCCGGCACGCCCGGCAUGGCACCCAUUCUGCAGAGGCGCGCUCUCAAGCAUUCGACCUCGUCCCCCCACAUGCUGCCUUCGCUCAAGUCUGCGACAUUUGGUCCCCCCGGUGGAAUGGGUUUCCCCAAGGUUUUGGAGAGGAACGAGUCGGGCCUAUCAGAGUUCCUGAGGCCGACAAAGACUGGCGUCGGCUCUUCGUUCGACACGACAAUUGUUGAGGAGGAAUCGCCGAUCAAGACGCAGCUCGCGAGCCGCGCUGCCCUCGACUUUGAGCCCUACCACGAGAACGAAAACAACGAGGACCAGAAGACACCUGGUUACCCAGACGGCCCCAUUGCAAUCUACGAAGACAACGUCUACCUUUACUUGGAGCCGACGGCAGAGGAGGCGUCCAAAUUCGACACCGUCAUCAACGUCGCGCGGGAGGUCAAUAACCCGUUCGCGUUCCUGCCAACGCAGGAUGAGCGUAUGUCGGACUCUCCCGUCGUCCUCAGCCCCAUCCCCGACACCGCCGUAUCCACCGCAAGUUUCUCCACGGCUUUUGAGUUCCCUACCAGCGACAGAGUCGAAACACCUACGACGCCCAAGGCCAUGUCGUUCUCCAUUAAGCGCCCAGAGUACAUUCACAUGCCCUGGGACCACAACACAGACAUCGCGCAGGACCUGAUGCAUCUCUGCGAAACAAUCGACGCGAGGACGAAGGAGGGAAAGAGGGUCCUCGUCCACUGCCAACAGGGCGCGAGUCGAUCUGCCAGUCUCAUUAUUGCGUACGGUCUCUACCGGAACCCUGACCUCAGCGUCAACGACGCCUACUACGCAGCCCAGGGGAAGAGCAAGUGGAUCAGCCCCAACAUGAAGCUCAUGUACUGCCUGCAGGACUUCCAGAAGCAGGUCUCCAAGAAGAAGGCCUCGCCAGGAUCAGCCUUCCGCCCUCGAGCGGGACGCAGCCCCACAAAGCACCGUCUGACGCUUUCCGCCGAUGCCGCCAUGGACAUUGCGCCCAAGGAGCCCUUGACGGCUCCUCUCCCAGGCGAGAAGGAGGGCAGCUCUGGGAACGCAAGCCCAAACAAGGGUAGCCCUACCCGCAUAAGAGGACAUUCAACGCCUGGCAGUCAGCCAAUCUCGCCUGGACCGUCAUCCGCACCGUCGAGCUUUUCCUGGUCAGAAAGCGAGAACUCGGCAAAGUUUGGGACCUUUGACGUCGAUCGCUUGCUCCCAACCAAGCCUGCCCCGCCUGUUUCGGGCCUGGCACCAUCGUCGUCCUUCUUCGCCAAACCGCCGCCGUCGCCUGGCUUUGGAGCACAUCGAUUCGGCCCAUCAGCCGGCCUUGGUUUCUCCAGUUUGAAUCUCGGCCCGUCAAUAGACUACGAAGCGAAAAGCACCACCCAAAAGGAACGUCCUGUCACAAUGGUUGGCGCGAUCCCUGACGAUGCGGCCCUCAUGUCACCUAGAGCAGAGACGAUGACGAAAAACCCACUGCACGACUCUUGCAGCGAGUUCCCAGGCAUGCGAUUUGUCGAAGUUCCGCCAACCCCAAGCGAAGGUCUGUUCUCGCCUCGACAAACAAUGUUCCCCAGGGAUCCUUUCUACCCCUUCGGACGCCCCACCCAGGUUGCCGACCCGCGAAGUCCGCCUACCAAAGGUGAAACGCCAAUUGUGAGGUCUAUUGACGAGCUGCUAUGA